AGUGGCGCCGGUUCCCCUCCCUAGUCUGCACCCCGCCUCCCCGCUUUGCAAAGCUGCUCCCGACAUGCUCUGAGCUGCGGAUCCCAGCGCCGGCCCUCCGCACCAGCUCCGGACGGAUCCCUCGCCGGGACCCUCGGAGGCGCCAUGGCCGACUGGGCGCCCGCGCAGGCUCCGGAAUGGGAGGCUGAAUCGCGGGGCGCACCGCCUUCCCUGCAGUCCCCUGCCAUCCUCGAGUGUCCGGCGGGGCAGGUGACGGAGGCGUCUGUCUGGACUCUGGUGGCCGCUGUCCAGGCGAUGGAGAGCAAAGUGGACGCUUUGACGUCUCGGCUGCUGAGCCUGGAGGGCAGGGCAGGGACGGCGGAGAAGAAGAUCUUUGAGUGCGAGAAGACGGAGCUGGAAAUCGGGAACCAGCUGGAGGGCAAGUGGACGGUGCUGGGGACCCUGAUCCAGGAGUACGGCUUGCUCCAGAGGAGGCUGGAGAACCUGGAGAACCUGCUCAAGAACCGGAACUUCUGGAUCCUGAGGCUCCCACCCGGUGUCAACGGGGAGGCCCCCAAGGUGACCUUUGAUGGCAGCGCCGCCUUUUCCCAGGAGGAGCGGGAGAAGAUGGAGGACUGGCAGAAGGAACUCUACAAGAAGGUCCUAAAGGGGAACUGCGAAUACUUGAUCUCUCUCGAUUAUGCAAUCUCCAAACCAGAUAUUUUGUCCCGGAUUGAACGAGGGGAGGACCUGGGUCCUGGCGAACAGCAGGACGCAGACUCCAGGGAGAACCUUGGGGAUGCCAGCGUGGCUGAGAACCCCUUGCAGAAGCAGCGGAACCAUCAGAGAAGCGCGGCUCCAUCCUUUGUCCCAGGCUCACCUGAGUCCAUCUCGGAGGCUGCCUCCUCCUCACAGGUAAAACAAGAGCAGGAGCCCUUGGCUAAGGAGGAAGGGGAGGAGAGUCCGGGGAGCAAAAUAGCCCCAGGUGAGUGAUCAAUGGCCCUUU